AUGACAACAACCUCUUUCGCUCGCUUGCUCUCCACCGCAUCCAACCCUGCUCUCCUCCGCACCGGAUCCGAACACCUAACUCGUUCUGUUUCCAACUCAGUGACUCGUCUCCUCUUCUCCACCUCGACUCAGCACCACAACCCCAACACCGUUAGGGAUCAACCACAGACACCGACGCCAGAAUCUGUUAAACAAAGCCAAAAGGAACAAGAAGAAGAAGAAGAAGACGGCGACGAACUUGAUCUGAACAAAGAAUCGGGCGAGGUCGGUGGGCCGAAAGGGCCCGAGCCCACAAGGUAUGGCGAUUGGGAACGCAAUGGUCGAUGUUCUGAUUUUUGA